AAUCUAAACACCCCUCCCUAUUGAUGUAGAAGGACCGUCAACGGGUUAGAAAUGGUAUAACCUGGGUAUAUGGUGCCGGAACAAAUGUAUAAGUGACCUAGACUUUCCUUUCAAGCCUCAAUGAACAACCUGAAUGACCCCCCAAGAUGGAACAUUCAACCAGACGCAGGAGAAAGAGGGGAGGGAGGCGCAGAUGGCAACCAGUGGAACUAUGCUCUCCUGGUGCCAAUGCUGGGGCUGGCUGCAUUUCGUUGGAUCUGGACCCGCGAGUCUCAGAGAGAGAUUGAGAAGGUCAAAUCCAAGUAUAACAAAGAUGUGUUCCUGGUAAAAAGCGAGUUGGAGUCCAGGUAUGAAGAGACGUUAACAGAGAGGCGCAGAGCCUUGGCUUCCUUGGAGCUGGAGCUCGAGAAGGAAAGACAGAGGGUGAAAGGCUACAAGCAGGCCAUGAUCUCCCAGAGCCAUCUCCUGGUAGAAGAACGGAAACAUUUACAGCAGGAGCGUGAGUGGUUGGAAGAAGAGAAGCAAAAGUAUAUCAAGUCUGGAGCUGGAGGAGCUGUCCUGCAUCAGGCCACGGAGCAACAGAAUGAGUGGUUCCAGAGAGCCAAUGCCGCACUGAGCCAUCUCGAGGCUCAACUGGCGGAGCGCCAGAACGCCUACUGUUCCCUCAUCCUACCUCGAGACAAGCGCCUAGAGAUGGAGAGAAACAUGCUGCUGGAAGCUGUCAAGGAGCCCGUCCUGGAUGAACUGAAUCUGGAGGAUGAUCUUCAAGAUAUUUUUAAGAGGGAUAAGCAUUGUGCAAACAUGAUGAACGUGGACAAGAGGAAGAAUGGAAGUCUCAUGUGGGUUUAUCUCAAGUACUGGCAGCUGCAGGUCACUGUUCAGAAACACAAGAGAACCGAGGCAGUCCUCCUUGGGGAAAACGUUAAGCCGCAAACAAAAUGAUAGGAACAUCAGAAAUGGAAUAUGGAGCAAGUUCUGACUUUUGGUCACAUUUUUAAAACAAUGAGUUCUCCCCGGAUACCCAAAUAAGAAGCAUUAGCUUCAAAUCACCAGAUCUAAAAGCACUUAAAUGAUAUCCAGAAUCAAAGCUUCAAAUAUAGUCUUUUGAAAUGAACAUUUCAGGACAUGCACUUGAUUGGCAACCUUUUCAUUGAUACUGCCACAUUGAAAGAUAUUUUAGCGUGAAAUGUGCUGAUGCUUACUCCUCUUCAGCUCUAUUUUAUGUUCAGAUGCCCUAAGCACUCUGUGUUUUGCGCACAAUAAAGCCUCGGUGUAGGAAUUUG